AUGUCAUUAGAAGAACGAAGUAUUCAAACUAUUAGACUUCUUGCAUGUGAAAUGAUUAAUAAAGCUAAAAGUGGACAUCCAGGAGUACCAACAGGAUGUGCUACUAUUGCAUAUACAUUAUUUACAAAACAUAUGAAAUUUGAUGUAAAAGAUCCAAAAUGGAUUUCAAGAGAUAGAUUUGUUCUUUCUAAUGGACAUGGAUCAUCAUUAUUAUAUGUUAUUAACCAUUUAUUGGGAUAUAAUAUUUCUAUGGAAGAUUUAAAAGAAUUUAGACAAUUAGACUCUAAAACACCUGGACAUCCUGAAUAUGGAUGGACUGAAGGUGUUGAAGUUACUGGUGGACCUCUUGGAGCAGGAAUGUCAACUGCUGUUGGAUUAGCAGCAGCAGAAAAACAUAUGGCAGCUACAUUUAAUACUAAAGAUAAGAAAAUCAUUGAUAAUUAUACAUAUGUAUUACUUGGAGAUGGAUGUUUGAUGGAAGGAGUUACUGCAGAAGCAGCAUCACUUGCUGGUCAUAUGAAAUUAAAUAAAUUAAUUUGUUUAUAUGAUGAUAAUCAUAUUACUAUUGAUGGAAAUACUAAUCUUGCAUUUACAGAAGAUGUUAGAAAAAGAUUUGAAGCAUAUAAUUGGAAUGUAUUGAAAUGUAAUGGAGAUAAUGUAAAUGAAAUUGAUGCAGCACUUGUUUUAGCAAAAGCAUCAGAUAAACCAACUCUUAUUUGUUGUAAAACUACUAUUGGACUUGGUAUGCCAAAUAAACAAGGCACUUCUAAAGCACAUGGAGAACCACCAGGACCAGAAUUAGAAUUAAUGAAGAAAGCAUAUGGAGUUACAGAAGAGUUUCAUGUUGAUGAAGAUGUUUAUGCAGUUUAUCAUGCAGCAUCAGAAAGAGGAAGUUUAAAACAUACAGAAUGGAAAAAGAUGUAUGAAGAAUAUAAGAAAGAAGAAGUAGAACUUGCAAAAGAAUUUGAACGUAGACUUAAGAGAGAUAUUUCAAGUAUUUCAGAAUUAUUUAAAGAAGAAAUUAAAGCAGAUGAAAAAGGUGAAGCUACAAGAAUUAGUUCAGGAAAAGCAUUUAAUGAAAUUGCACAAAAAUUACCAGAAAUAAUUGGAGGAACUGCUGAUGUUGGAGGAAGUGUUAAAGUCGUACUUCCAGGAGUAUCAUUCCAUGAAGAUCCUAAAGGAAGAAAUAUUCAUUAUGGAAUUAGAGAACAUGCUAUGGGAAAUAUGGUUAAUGGAAUGAGUAUUUAUGGAGGAUUAAUUGCAUAUGGAUCUACAUUCUUUGUAUUUAGUGAUUAUUGUAGACCAACUAUUAGAUUGGCAGCACUUUCACAUUAUCCAUCAAUAUUUGUUUUUACUCAUGAUUCUAUUGGA